UGGAGGUUAGACUAAGUUACUGCCUGCUUUGGCUUUUCUACCUUCACUGAUAUGAUGACGCACAACUAGGAACAGGAUGUGAGUGUAUGGGAGGAUUUGUACAGAUGUUGAACACAGAUGGAUGUUUGUGCGUUGAUACCAGUGUUUUACUGAAGACUACAGGAUGGAAUCCAUCUCUCAGAGCCUACAAGAUCAGAUCUCAGAGCUGCUGAAGCCUCACAGAGUCUGUCUGGUGACGCCUGUUGCUCUGAACAGCUCCACUCAGACAUGCGGGAGAUCGUCCGACACGUUUGUGGUACUGAGUCUGUGGAGAGGUUACCUGGUCGUGAACAAGCAGCCUGUCAGGGUGGAGAGCACUUUCAGCUACAUAGAGGUUUGCUCCAUCGACAUUCAUGGUCUCACAAAGAUUGUGUUGGAGACAGACAGGCAGACUCUGUCUUUCAGCGUAUGGCAUGUUGAGGAUCUUGAGGCCAUGGUCGCUCACAUGACUGCUUCACUGAAGAGGAUCUUCCCUGAUUCAUCCCCAGGAAAGCUAUUAAAGACGAUUCCUGCAGACCUCCAGCAGAGACUCAUCACAUUGACUGCUGUGAUUGAGGAGCAGAUGAACAGUCAGCCUGGCUGCUGUGGAGGAUUCUUUGAUACCUAUGCUGCUCUAUGUGAUUUCAAUGAGAUGCCAUUUAUAGAGGAGAUUCAGUGGGAUGUUGACAACAUCUACUCCACCCACAACUGGAGACAGUUCAACCUGCACGACUUCAGCCACUUAGACAGCAGAGAUUUGGCGGUAGCAGUAGCAGCUCUGUCCUUCAACCACUGGUUUACCAAGAUCUACUCCAAAGAUCUCAAGAUGUCAGCAGAUGUCCAGAAGCAGCUGACUUUCCUGCUCUCCAGGUCUCCCAGUGUGGAGGAGCUCUCACUGGAGGCCAGUGGACUCAAACUUGACUUUGCAGUCAAAAUGGCCUCUGCCCUGCGUGAGCACGCCUGCUCUACCCUGCAUUCCAUCAACCUCUCAGACAAUCCAAUCGAAGACAAAGGUGUAAUAGCUCUCAGUCAGGAGCUGGAGAAUCUACCUAAAGGACUCAAGCACCUUUCUCUGUCCAGAGUAUCAAUGACUGCAAGAGGUAUGGGCUGUCUGAGUCAGCUGUUAUGCUCCAAUCAGCUCUUCUCUGCCUCUCUGACCCACCUUGAUCUGUCUGCUAACCCCAGCACCCUGGUUACUGAGGAGGCCACGUUUCUCUUCAAGUUCCUUUCCAGACGUAACUCUCUAUGUCACCUGGACCUCAGUGAUACCAGCUGUCCCCUUGACACGUUAUUUGUGUCGCUCUCCUCUGGCUGUUGUUACAAACUGAUGCACCUGAACCUUGCCAGGAAUCCUUUCAGCCACAGAAAGGUGCGAGGGGUGACCAGGAGCAUUGAAAAGUUCUUCAGUAAAAGCUGUGAGCUGAAAUAUGUGAACCUUUCUGUGACCAAACUACCUCCACAAGCUCUCAGGUUAUUACUUCAGGGCCUGGCAACCAACACCCAUCUCUCUGGUCUGGAGUUGGACCUUAGUAGCUGUGAGCUACGUUCUGAAGGGGCCCAGGUCAUACAAGAGCAUAUCUAUGAAGCUACUGCUAUAGAAAGUCUGGAUAUCUCUGACAAUGGUUUUGAAAAUGACAUGGUGACUCUUGUCCUGUCUCUUGGUCGUUGUCGCUCUCUUCAACGUCUUGCUUUAGGGGGGAACUUUGCCAUGAAGUCCAGAGCUCUCACUGAUGUUCUUCAUCGUAUAGCUCAGCUCAUUCAGGAUGAAGAGUGUACCUUGCAAUUUCUAUCAGUGUGUGACUCCAAGCUGAAGACCGGGAUGCACAUCCUGCUGAGUGCUCUGGGAGGCCACACAGCUUUGGCUGAACUAGACAUCAGUGGAAACAACAUCGGAGACACUGGAGCCAAAAUGCUGGCUAAAGCCCUGAUGAAUAACACUAGACUGAGGUCUCUGACAUGGGACAGAAACAAUGUCACUGCCAGGGGUUUCCAGGAUGUGGCAGAUGCGUUGGAAAGGAACUUCACUCUGCAGCAGGUGUCUCUGCCUCUGGCUGAUAUCACACAGAGUUACCGCAGUGACACUGACAGAACAAAAGAGGCCCUGCACAAGAUUCAACAGUGUUUGGACAGAAACAACCAGAAACAGUUUAACAGAGUGGAACUUCAGCGAGGGUUUGUACCUCAACAAUCAGAAAGGCUGGUUCAUGGUAUGUGUCGGCAGCUGGAGGACAGUCUUCAACAAUUAAACCCCUGCAUCAUUCAGGAGGCUCAGGCUGACAUCCUAAAAGCCCACGAGGUGCUGCACAAUGCCAGAGAGUCGUGCAAGGUGCUUCCCUCUCUGUAUGAGGCAGGAAGGACAUGUGCCUCUCAUGGAGACAUUGUGAUCAGCAUCCUCACUAACACAGCAGCUGCAGUGACCAGGGAGUUCACUCUAAGCAUUCAGGAAAUGGCUCAACGCCUGAUGAGGUGCGCAGGGGAAGUGUGUCCACGUGUAAGUGUGAGUGAGUGUCUGUCAGACGAGUGUGUGUCCAAAAGAAGGACACUGACACAGAUGUUUCUGAGAAGCACUCUGGUGGAGAACACAGGGAAGAUCAUCAUCGACAGACUGAGUGAACUAAGACAAACAUUGAGUGUCUCUUUGGCUGAAAGCAUCAUAGAACAAGUACUAAAGGAUCUGACAGUAGCACAGGAUACCAUGGAUUGUCUAAUAAAAGAACAUUCAUGCUGUGCUCUUCGACUCAACAUCCCAGAGCUCCUUCUGGGUGACUGUGACUUACCAACUGAUGAUUACAGUCCAGCGUUUUGGAGAAAUAGCUUCAACUUCAAGAGCCUGAGACCUGCUUCUUCAAUUAAGAGUCUCCUCGAUGGGGACUGGGAGCAGAAGACCAGGAACAGAGUAGCAGAGGGAGAGAGGGGAGGAGAUGCUGGAGAGGAAAGAGGAGGAGAAGAAAGAUAUGACCUCCGCCACCUGCCAGUCACAGACACAAGCCCCUCCCUUUCCCCCUCCCCUUCCCCGAACCCCUCCCCCCCGGGAUGGAGGAGGCGGAGGGAGGGGGAGGUGGUGGAUGCUGCAGCAGCAUUAACAGGAGCGAGAGGAGCAUCGCUCAUUCCUCCUCCCAGUCUCCCCCUACUGUACUCCAUCUCCACUCCAGCGCCAGAGGAGGAGGCUGCCGGCCGUGGAGGCUCAUCCAGACGAGAAGCUCCAUUCUCCCGCUGCAGCCCCAAAUCUGGAUCCUCCGCCUCUCCCAUGGAGCCUCUACCCACCCAGGGACAGACUCUAAGGCACUACACCGCCUCCCGACCACGGCCACGACGCACACAUACACAACCCCCCUCCUCCAGGCCUCAGGAGCCAGUUUCAAAAGUAGAGAAUGAGGCCAGUGAGGGUAUGGGCCGAGUGGAUGAAGGAGUAGAGGAGUUCUUCACAAAGAAAAUCCUCCCUGACUAUGCACUAAAAGGCCGGUGGGAGGAGUCAAACCCUGCCCAAGCCACUCCCCCAGAAUCAAGUUCCACCCCUUCUGCUUCAACCCCCUUUUCCUCUUCGUCCGAGAAUAUCACCUCCUCUAUCACCACCACUGUCACCUCUCCCUCUGUCCCAUAUACUGACACAUCCUUUACAUCCACUGAUGUUCCACCCCUUUUUGCAUCCUCAAUUACCCCAACACCCUCUUCUGUAACCACCACCACAAACACUGCAAUUCCUACCAAAAACAUCAAGAAAAAGUUUGGCGAUUUCUUCGUUUUCAAGAGGGCUCGGGCUGGCCGAGUCACCAAGGCAGGAGGGGGAGAGGGAGGAGUAGGAGAGGGGGUGAAGGUCAAAAGGACCUCCAUUGCAGACCUUAUUCGACCCCUCCGCGAGGCCAAAGAAAGGGAGAGAGAGAGGGAGAGGGACAAGGAGAGAGAAAAGGAGAGAGAGGCAAGGUCAGGGAUGGAUGCUAAUGUUUCUGAUGAUGCCGCCACUACAGAAGGAACCAUUCCCACAAGCCACCAUGUUGUAGGAGAUGCAAAGGAAGUGAUGGCACCUGCCAAUACAUUAACCACAACGCCUCCCAGUGAGACCAGUCCUUCUUACCCCACCAUCAGCCCUGACCCCAUUGGUGCUACGCUUUCCAACCUAGAAGAAGAGGCAGUGUUGUCAGGUUGCACCCCCAGCCCCAUUGUCACAUCCCCCUUAACUGAGCAGGAGAGAAGUACUGUGCUGACGAGAGAGAUGAAGUUGGGAGGGACCCCAUAUGGAGAGAGAGGACUGAAGGCCACCAAGAGGUUACUGAGAGAGGGCAAGAGUCAGAGUCUCAUCCUGCUGACCGGACUGGAGCCUGAAGACAAGGAUAAUAUACACAGUAAGAAACAUGCAUCUGAGAGCACCCCCAGCUUUGAGCAGAGACUUCAAAUGAUGCUGCACAGAAUGGGUGUGGCCAAGACCAGUUCUGCUGACACCAAAACUAACAAAGACGAGGAGCUUAGAAAGGCCAAUUCUGAAGGCGCUAUCCUGGAAAAACCUGAACCACCUCCCACAUACAAGAAACCCAGAACCAUGUCCACAUCAUCAGCAGACCCUAGGCAUCUUAUUAGCGUACUGGACCCCAUCCGACCAGACCCUCCCCUUCACCCGAAGCCUAGUCUCCAUGAUCGCCCCUUUGGCUCCCUGCCACCCAAACCUGCCAUUGCAGCCAAACCUCCCCUCCCCACCCCGGCUGCUUCUGCAGGGGGAGGAGCUCGUCCAUCUUCUGCUCCUCCAUCCAGCAGCAUGGUAGAAAGAGUCCCGCUCAGAGCACACACUCGUGAUGGCAGGCCAGGCGAGAGUGCAGUUCAGAAUGGAGGCCAGGGAGGUCCCCAGGGUGCAGCCUCAGCUCCGUCCCCCAGGAAAGAGCAGCUGCCUCCAUCCCCAUCUCCAUGGAGGGGUCCCAGUGCACAGGAUCGCCAGGAGAAAGCACAAUCAGUGACAGACGAGUGUCUUUCCAAGCCACGCCAACAUGUGAAGACCCUUCUACAACGUAGAGCUGUGUCCGUCCAUGAAGACCCUCUGGCUAUGACACAAGAGCUGAAGGCAGUGUUACAGAGAUCCCCCAUCCGUUUCCGGGGAAACAGAGGAGACUUACCCACCUGCACUGAAGAUCCAUCCAGUGCAGAGGAAGCACAAAGAGCUCCGGAAGCCAGUGACACAGGAAAAGAGACAGCUGAAGAAAAAAAGGACCAGAAGGAGGAGCUGAAGUCACAGAAAGGUGGCGGGAUGAUAGCUGAUGCAAAGCACCCCUCUCCAGAAGAGGAAGAAGCCCUAGGCUCAGGGUGUCCCUCCUCUACAGCUCAGACUCAAAAAGGAGUAUCAGCACCUCAACUCUUCACUCCAUCCGCAGCCAUUAACAAAGCUUCAUCCACCCAGGAGAGGCCUCCAGCACGUACCCCAAUGCUGGAAGAGCCUUCUGUAAACUCCACAGCACAGAAAAAGAGCCCCAGCACAGUCCCAACUUUCGACAAACUACUUGUGUGCCCACCACUCCAAGACAAGACCUCCAGCACAACCCACAAGAAGAAGAGCCCUGGCAUGGCACCAGCUACAAAGAAUCUUGGAAACAGCACAGAGGAGAGAGGAGAGGCGCUCUUAAAACAGCACACAAUGAAGGCAGAGCCUGCAGACCAAAGAACUGAGCCCCCUUUGUCUGAAUAACACACAACAUUGACUUAUCCAAGGAGAAAAGACACACCUCGGAGAGAGAGGGAGGAAGGGGCUGUGACAUGACUGAGAUAAGGAAAUGCAAGGGCACAUGAGUUCUGAGAGAAACACCCUGUGGAAAAAAGCUGCUGAGUCCCACAUCAUUAGUGUUCUCCUGAGAACUAGAUAUUAUUUAGUGAACACGGUUGGUGCUUGUUUAAAUGCUAGCCUACAGCUAACAUCCCAUUUAACAACACAUUUAGUGUUUGUAGUCAUCAACAUGCUAGGUUUCAACACAAAUACACAAAAAUCGCCUGCUUAUAUAAAUUAGAUCAUUAUGACAAAAUAACAGGUUUUAAAGGUCCAUUAAGUAAUUUAUUUCUUCUCACUUUACCUUCUUACUUUCUUUUACUUCCAGGUUCGUCUUCGAUCCACCCUGCUGUAUUUUACUUUGACUUACUUCCAAGUGAUUAAAUGACCAUUAGACCCAUUAAGCUAAUUUUUAAUUGGGUAUUUUUGUUAAAUGUUUAAAUCUUAAUGAGUCAAAAAAUAUUGAUUGAAUGGUGCUCUCUCUCUCAAUCCACUGUUUCUUUUUUGUCAAUGGCCUGAUAUUCAGGUUGAUGUUGGCUGUUUAGGAUGUGUAAUCUGGUUGGAACUUUCUAUUACUACUUAGGCCCUGCACUGUACAUCACAGUCUCUAACAGCUUCCGUACUGACAGGCAGAAAAUAAACAUUCUGUCCUGCUGACAAACAGACAUAUUACUCCCUCCUGAGUUUCCUAAAUUCAACAUGAGAUAAAAAAAAUACAUUUGUAAUACAAAAUUCACACAUGCAGUGGCAUGAAUGUAAUUACAGUAUAAAACCCAUAGUAACAUUUAUUCACAUAAAGAUGUACAUCAUCAGUUGGAUUUAUGGAUAUAAGCAAACUGCUGAGGGAGAUGAGGUAAAGUUACAUAAGAAGGAGUUUAGUUUUCAGGUACACGAACAUGCAGGCUUUCUAACUGAUAAUCGCUCUAGUGAGAUGAGCUGGAAAUAGAUUAACAAUGAAUUUUUUUUUUUUUUUUUCAGUUUUCUUAAGCUUUUACACUUAUAGACGCUGCAUGGUGGCAGACUGCAGGACUUCAGCAGUUCACAAGGACAGUUCCCUGUCCCUUGUUUGACUUAAUCCGUCACUCAAACCAUCUUGAAUCUGAUUUGAAAUACAUUUUCCUCAUGUACCAGAGCAACCAACUGAUAAAUUCAAGGUUUUUAAACAGCAACACCCUGCUUUCAUGGAAAUCUCUAAAGUUUCAUUCUUUGGCUUUUAUUUCAGUCAGUCCAUUUACAAUACUAUAAAUAACCGUGUCAGUCAUCACAAAAGGGGAAACUUUGAAUCAGAAGCACGGCACAAAAACUACCCACUUCGAGGUUUGGUACUUUGGGCUAAGAGUAAACAACAUAAAUAUAAGGUUUUGUCUCCACCAGAUAUUUGUCAUUUUAUGAUACGUACCAGACUUCGUGACUACAGAACCAGCUCUAAACAUGCUCCAAAGAAUAUUUAUAAUUCCAGAAGUUGACCACAUUUUUUUAGUUGUUUUCAUUUUUUUAUUAUUUCAAAUCAAUUUCCUCUACACUACUUAUUAAAGUCCACAUUAUGCCAACUAUAUGGUAUAAUAUUCAAAUUUUCAAAUGUGAAGAUGUUUUCACAUUAAGUCUUUGGAUCUUCAGAUGAACAAAUGGAACGCUCUUUCUAAUUCAGUCACUGUCGCUAAUUGAAGUCAGGUUCAUUCAUUCCAUUUGACAACUAUAAGUAUGUCCAUCAGGGAGGAGCGUAUAAGUAUGAUCAGAUGUAGUGUAAGAUAAGAAUCAGUAUAUUCAGUCUAUAGAAGUGUCAGGGUGGUUGUUGAGAAUGGUGCGUGGUUAGUGAGAGCAGACCUCAGUUCCGCUCUCGAUGUUGUCAGCGACCUGAGCCUCCGUCUCAUCCUCGGGUAGAGUUUAUUUUCUACUGUCAUAUUUAUCUUUGCCUUGCACACACAGGAUAUGUACAAAACUACAUAAGCAAACAGAAAAACGUUAUGAAAGUUAUGAACAGAGUAUUAAUCCAUACCUAUACUUAUAAUUAUUAAAAGUUGUCAAAAUGUGUAUUCUCUUGUUUUUGUUGUGAUACUGUUGUUUUAUUUCGUCCUUCAUUCAAGUUUUUAAAGUCUCAGAAAACAGUACCAUGUUAAACUGGGAGACACGAAAUAGAGAAGAAAAAGGCUGCAGUUGGAUAAUUUAAUAUUGGACCCAAUGUUUGAGGGACUCUACCUGAAGCAGAGAGGCAUAAGUUAGGAUAUAGAGUAUAUAGUGCUGCUUAGAUUUCAACCAUUUCUUACUUGCCAAAUUUGUUGGACUAACCUGCUUGUAGGCCAAACAUUGAAUCUAAUAGGAAACACUUUUUUACAGCCCAUUUUAGUUUUUUACUUGAUUUUGAGAUUUACUUUCCUUCCUACCCUUUAGGUGUUUUGCAGUAUAUUUCUUGAAGAUACAGUAAGCAAAGGUUGGAAUUCCUUUUACAUUUUCUAAAGGUUCACGUCUGUGAUGUAUAAGUGAAGUGUGCUCUCUGUGUUUAGUAGUGAAACAACCCUAACCCUAACCCUGAACGGGAAACCAAAAUGACCCCACAUAUCUGAUACUCCAUUUAAAAAACAGUGUGUAGAUUCCAUACUGAAAAAGAGCAAAAAAAAUAGAACGUGCAUGAGUGGAUCUGCCUCAUAUCCUGCCCUCUACAUACUUACAAUCAACAAUAUAUGGUCAAUGCAAAGCACCUCAUGAAUGUCUGAUAAUCAAUCAAUCAAUCAAAUUGUAUUUGUAUAGCCUAUAUUCACAAAUUACAAUUCGUCUCAUAGGGCUUACGUAACACUGUAUGGACAAUUGCGCCUCUCCCUCUGAUGCUUUCCCUCCUGUUUUUCACAUUUAGUGAAAAUAUUUAUCCAUAAGUUAAACACCUUUAAGUCAUCUUUUAUUUUAUGAUGUUGCAUUUAGUGAACUUUUGCUUUGGAUUUGCAACUGUGAUGCAUGUAUUGUGUUUCUCUUUUGUAUUGUCUGAUGUGUUGUUCUUUGAUGUGUUGGGUUCAUUCACAACCAUAUGUUUGUGUAUAUCCCCAGACAAUAGAAAAAUCUACAGAAAUCUAUGUCUAGCUUUCCUAUCAGUUAUACAUCUCAUUCAGGGACGGCCGGCAGGAGCAAUUUGGGGGCUUGCAUAUUGGACGAACUGGGAAUCGAACCAAUGCUCCGCCAAUAAGUGUACAGCCUGCUCUAACUUCUAGGCCACCGACACUCAUGAACGAAGAAAGCUGGUUUUUGUAAAACUGUAUUUUACCUGGUACACCUCAAAAUAUAGAUGACCUUUCAUGAUGAUGGUGCAUCAGUAAAAGUUGGCAUUAAAAAUAUGACAUGA